AACAUUAAUGUUAUUUUCAGGUUUGUCAGUCAUGUGCUCGCCGUCUGUCGUGACAGAGGGGCAGCGAGCUGCAGUCAUCUGCAACUUUGGAGCUGUCAUGGCGGCGCACAGUUUUGUCAUUUUGCAUUACAGCCUCACUAACACCGGGGUGCCAGACUUUCCACUGGUGUGCUUGAGGACGGCAGGAGGGCUGGAAUGCGAAGUGCAUGAUGGGUACGAGUACGACAUCAUCGUCAACAACUUCACCGCCAUAUUGAGACUCCCGCGCGUUAGCAGCGAAGAUUUAGGCACCUACACCUGUACAUCCGUGACGUCAAACAGCGCACAUGCGUCGUGCACUCUUACAUUUUCGGAGGGAUCAGAGGAGUCAGGAUCAUUCUUCCUGCAGCACAAAGUAUUUAUCAGUGGCGGAGUUGGAGCGAUCAUUGCAACAGCUGUUACCGUGGCAGUCUGCAUCUUCAUCAUGUACAGAAAAGGUCAUGCAAGGUACCAAUAUCCCCAGCGACGACCUGAGUCUGACAGUGAUCCAUACAAAACACUCCCUGCAGUGGGUUAUGAGAAAACAGGGAAUGAAGAGGACACGAGCUCGUACGCAGAAGUUAGAGACUCGCCGCCGUCUCAAAGGACCACUCGACCAGAGACUAAACUUUUGACAAGACAGUCUGGUAUGGAUGCUACCCCUCCAGGGAUCGAGAAAGACACAAUGAAUACAUCUCUGAAGGUUGAGCUCGUGUCUUUAUCCGAGUUACCUACCACCUGUCGGCUACCUGAACACCGUGGACCUCAGACCUCUGACCUUGCUGACCUACCCGAGAACCUCGUUCGUCACGACAGCCUCACUCCAGGUCGAGGGGAGAAGAACAUCCUCACACAUACGCUGGGCAACAACGAAGGUGGUUACUUGAAGCCACGAGACAGAUCAUCUAAUGACCAAGCCCCUCUAUGUACACAAGAUGAAACCUUUCCAAGACUAAGUGGGAUUACAGGCUGCAGACAGAAAACAGAAUCCACCCCAGCUGCCACCCGCUCGAGUGGCGGACGUUACAGCGCUUGGUCGAGAAAAGAACCUGUCAUCACAGUCCCAACAUUCUUCAGAUCGCCGCAUGGACCAGGACCAGGAGAACUGCUCGCCUCCAGGUCAGUCCCAGGAUUACUUGCAUCCUGUAGACGACGUGGCGUGUACCCACUUGCACGACAGCUCCCACCAGUCACGUGGUCAGUCACGUGAACUUUCUGCUGACACGGUGGCUGUCCUUGGCGAUACGAAGAACGGCGAUGAAAGAGAUGAUCCUCGUUGCCAGAGGGGUUCAUCUGGGAGGUACAUGCAGCCCUUGAAUCUGUCUCACAACAGUU